AUGUUUUCUGCUUCUUUUGCACAUAGUAAUUCUCCUACCUCAGCACGGUGGCCUGGGUUUUUACAAAGGAGGAUUUGUCUUGGAACUUUCGGUAGCAGCCGACGCUCCGGGUUCUUGCGAAAAUUUCAUACUCAGCGCGCUUGGCCGCAGAAACAACUGCCUGGGGGUUCGACUCAAGGAGUUUUCGCUUUAACAGCUCUAUUUUGGUUUUUUCGACGUUCCACGCGGGACAGCUCGAGCUCCAGCCGCAGGCGGACUGGCACUGGUUUCGGCGACGGCACGAAUCCGUAUCGCGAACUUGGUGUUUCUGAGAGUGCGACCUUCGAAGAAAUCCAGGAAGCGUUCGAGAAACUGAAAAUCAAGUACGCAGACGAUUUUAAGCAGCUUUCGAAGCUUGAGGUGCUGCGGGACAAGAUAUUUGACGAUAAGCUCCGACGCCGUCUUCAAGGAAAACUAGAGGGUAUAGUGCGCGAGUCACCGCUGGAGAAGCGGCUGCGGAAGCAGCCCUGGUGGAAGACAAGCUGGCUUGGUCGGCAGCUCACUAGCCCUGGAGGUCUUCUUUAUGGAAUCUUCAAAGUGCCAGAGAAGCAGUACCUCCGAAAGACUUCGAUUAUCAUGGCGAUUCUUGGCCUUUUGGGAUUUUUCAUUCCACGGUUUGCGACCAGUUCGCUGCCGAUCUCUUUCAUCACCAGCAUGGCGUUUUUAUACAACAGAGGCCAACCAGAGGUUCGACGUGAUGAAUUUGGAAACGUUGGCGAGGUGCGCCCCAUUAACAGACCUGCAGCACUGAAAACGAUGGGCCUCGUUUUCAUGUUCGGAGGCAUUGGUUUCGUCCUUGCGUUCGCCCUCGUCAGCUGGUUCAACAUAGAGCAGGCAGUCGCCGUCGGUCUAGUGCCUGAAUGGUUACAGCCUGCAAGUGUGGUCAGCGCCUUUGUCACACUCGGAAUGUGGGCUGCCUGUACGUUUUUCCAGGUCCAGCCCAGUUCUCGCACUUGA